AUGGAACGUCUUAAAAUAACCUGUUAAAUGCCAAGCGGGCAAAAAUAUUUUUUUGAUUGUGAAAUCUAAAAUAUUAGAAAAGAAUUGUAUAAAAGAACGACAUAAAUACCUUACGAUAAUAUAAUCCUAAUUGAUGAUUCGGAUUAAUUAUACACUGCAUCUAGUGCUUUAUAUUAAGUAAACAGGAAAUAAAUUAAAGAUGCAGUUUUUUUCAAGGUUGUUGAUGCUCUAUAACUUUACAGGGAAUAUAAAGAAUUGCUAUCUAUUAAAUAAGAUAAUUAUCAAAAAUUGCUUGAGACCCAAUAACAAUUAAAAAAAUUAGAUUAAUACAUUAAAGAAAAAGAAAUAUAGCAUAAAACUGAUAUAGAUAAAAUAUCUGAAAGAAAUAAAAGUUAAAUUGUUGACAUCUUAAGAACAUAAUAAGCAGAAAUUGAAAAGAUAAAAGCAGAAAAAGAAUAAAAAAUUUAAGAAGUUUAAGAUAAACACAAUAAACUUGAAUUAGACCUAAAUUAGAUGAUUAUUAAAAGCAAUACCUAAAAUUAGAAUAAUGUUUAAUUAUAAGCAGAAAAUUAAACAUUAAAAUAAAAUAUUGAAGAAUCGCAAAAUAAAUUAAUUUAAGAAAAAAAUCCUUUAAAUAGUUAAUGGCAAACUUACUGUUAAUAGUUAAACACCUAAUUGUAAUAAUAGUUGCAAUAAAAGCAACAAAUAGACUUUUAAGCAUAGAGUUUAUAUUCAAAUAUAGGAAGUCUUUAGAUUUAAAUUCAAGAGUUAGGAAAUGAAUUAUCAACUUAAUAAAAUGAGGUAGGAAAAUAUAAAUCAUAAUUAAAAACAGAAAAAGAAAAAUUAGAAAAAGCUAACGAAAGUCUAUCCUAAUUUGAAACUAAAGUUGCUUAAUAAGUUGAUGAAAUGUCCAAAUCAGAAAAAAAAAAAAAAAAACUGGAGGAUAAAAUUUAGGACUUGGAAAUCAACCACAAAAUUACAACAAAUAAUUUUAAUAUUGCAUCAUCCACCCUUUCAAGCUAAGAAUUAGAAAUUAAAAAAUUAAAAGAAAAUAAUAAGAGUUUAAAUUAAAACAUUAACUAAUUAGGGUAUGAUAAUUAAGAGUUAUUACAUAAUAAAAAUAUUUUGGAGGCAAAGAUUAUAGAUUUAAACUAAUAAAUUAUAUAAUUAAACUAAAAUAUAGAUCAAUUAAAUGAAAAGAUUCAAUAACAGUAAGAAUUACUGAAGAAAAAAGAAUAAGAAUUCAAUAAAUUAACAAAAGAAUUGAAAGUUUUAGAAUAAUAAAAAUAAUAAAUUGAUAUUGAAGGCUAAAAUUUAAGAAAUUAAUUAUCAUAAUUAAACUUAAAACUAGAAGAAUAAUAAUAUAGAGUAUAAUAAAGUUAAUAGGAAAUAAUAAAACUCAAAAAUUAUAUCACAACUUUGGAAUAAAAAGAGAAAGAUAUUACAAAUUAAAAUUCAGAAAACUUAGUUAAAAUAACAUAGUAAAACAAUUAGAUUUUGUAGAAAAACGGAGAGAUAUUUGAAUUAGAAUUGAAAUUAAGCUAAAUUAAAAAUUAAUUUUAGUAAAUAGAAGAGAAAAAUAAAAUUGACUAAUUUAGUACUGAAUAAUAUUAAAAAAAGUUGGAUGAAAAAAAUUUGGCAUUGAAGUCUGAAAUUGAAUAAAUUAAUUUUAAAUUAACUAUUAAAGAACAUAUUCUAAAGAAAUUAUAAAUCUAAAUAAGGGAUGAUGUUUAUUUUGAUAAAAUAAUUGGUUUAAUGGAUAAAAUAAUGAAAUCACCUCAUAAAAUUUACUAAUUUGAUCAAAAUGAAAAUGGCAUUUUUGAUUUGAAAGAAUAUGAAAUUUUUGAGAUAAUUAUGGAAUAUAAUUAAGCAAAAGAACUUUUGAAUAAAAAUCAUUAUUUUUUAUUUGAACAAUGUUUAAAAAAGAAUCCAAAGGGUUAUGUCACAUUAAAUAGAAGUGUGUAACCAAAUGCUGAGUCUACAUUUUUUAAGGGCUUUUUAAGUUAAGUAAAGGAUUCAACUUAAAAUGAGUUCCAAGGAAAAUUCUUUUUAAGAAAAGAUCUAAUUUAAUAAACUCAACCAUUUACUACUAUUCAAGAAGCGAUUUAAUUUUCUAAAAACAAUUUCUUAUGUUAAUUACUAAUUGAACAAUUUAAUUAGGUUUUAAAAUCAUAAAGAUUAAAAACAGGAGACUUUCAAAUUGCUAGAUAGUUCGUUUUAAAACUUAAAGGUAAAUUUUGAAAUUAUAAAUAUCAUAGAUAAAGAAGAAUUUUAUUAUUGUGAAAUGGUCGAGGAAGGAGAAUUUUAAAAAAUAAAUGGUGGAACUUUUUUACCUUAAGUUAGUUAAGCAGAUUCAUAUUUUAAUGCCUUCUCUAAAUACGUUUACGCAUUUUCAAAGGAAAAUUAUAUAAUAACUCAUUUAUAAAUUUGUGGAAAAAAAGUUUAUGAUAUGAUAGUUAGUACUAAUUACAAAGGAUUGUUUUCUUCUUUAGAUUAAGGAGACCUCGAAAUUAGAUAAUUUUUAGAUAUUAUUAAUAUUUAACCUGCAGAUAUAAUUUAAUCCUAUUGGAAUCUAAAUGUAGAAAAAAAAGCUAAGGGAGGAUUUGAAUGA